CUCCGGAGCCCAUGCUCCUUCCUUUCUCUCUAAGAUCUGCAGCCAUGAGCAUGCUCAGGCUCCAGAAGCGCUUGGCCUCCAGCGUCUUGCGCUGUGGCAAAAAGAAGGUCUGGCUUGAUCCCAACGAAACCAAUGAGAUCGCCAAUGCCAACUCUCGUCAGGCAAUCAGGAAACUGGUGAAAGAUGGUCUCAUCAUCAAGAAGCCCGUCACGGUGCACUCUCGCGCCCGCUGCCGCAAAAACACGCUGGCUCGCCGCAAGGGUCGCCACAUGGGCAUCGGUAAGAGGAAGGGUACAGCGAAUGCUCGUAUGCCUGAGAAGCUUUGCUGGAUGCGCCGUAUGCGAAUCCUUCGCCGCCUGCUCCGUCGCUACAGGGAGUCCAAGAAGAUCGACAGGCACAUGUACCACAGCCUGUACCUGAGGGCCAAAGGUAACGUGUUCAAGAACAAGCGCAUCCUCAUGGAGCACAUCCACAAGCUGAAGGCUGACAGAGCCCGCAAGAAGCUUCUCUCUGACCAGGCCGAAGCUCGUCGCUCAAAGACCCGCGAGGCACGCAAACGCCGUGAAGAGCGACUCCAGGCCAAGAAGGAAGAGAUCAUCAAGAACCUGUCGAAGGAGGAGGAGGGCAAGAAAUAAACCUCCAUACAUUGUUUAUUCUAAUAAACCACCCAGAAAAGUGAAA